GGGCUCUAGGAUUUAUAAACCUACUGUAUUUCGGGUGGUGACUGAUCAGGAUCAACCAGUUUCUGAAGACUAAUGGGUAGACAAUUUUGAAUUCUUUAGAAUAGCUUUUGUUAUCUACACUUUAUCUACACUACUUUAAACAGCAAGUCGAGUAAACACUCCACCUACAGUGCCGUUUUGUUGCGUACUACAGUGUGUUGUGUUGUUCGGGAUGUAACUGACUUUCUUGCAUUUCCUCCGCUUUACAUGAACCACAGAUGGUGCGUGUCGCAACACCUCUGUAAAUGCUUCCGAUUUUUUUAUUGCGCAUUUGGUGAGGACAAGAGGUGUAGCGCGUUCAGAUAAAUGAACUGUCCUAGUUUUCACCGUCUAACCAGGUAAUGAACACGGUGACAACAGGAUUUGUUUUUAACUCCUUUUUCUAACCAGAAGAGCGAUUGGCACUGGCGUCCAUGCCAGGCGCUGGAUGGGUGAGUGGACUUCAGAAAGGUAAUCUGCUAUAGAUCAGGGAGGGACAGCAACAAGAAAUCUGGAUUUUACGGUCCUCGCUGAAAAGAUACAAGCUUCUGCGCUUUUGCGCAGUUUGGAUUAACCAUGUUUUUGAAUGCUUUGUUUCUUAUUACAACAUGCUUUCUGAUAGUGUGCACAGCACAGGAAAAGUGUGAAAUUUUUCCAAGGAACCCAAUCAUCCCAUAUGGUUUCAAUUUAACUCUGUUCCUCAAAGCUCCAUCCAGUAGUGACUGUCACUCAAAGAUGCAGUUCCAUCUCAGCAAAAUAUUCUGGACUCUCAAUAAGAGAAAAAUAGACGAGAGGUUUUAUGACUUCAACUCCACCGUCGCGUCUGUGUCCAUUCACAAUCUCUCUGUAGAUCGAGGCACAGUGGAGUGUUUUAUAGAUGCUGCUACUCCUGUCUUGUUGCAUGGUGUCUUCGUCCAGACUUACCCUCUUGUCAGCAGUCCCCAAAAUGUCUCAUGUAUUGCAACAAUGAACUUCUCAGCAACAGUAACCUGUAUGUGGGAUCAUGAUCAACACUCGACAGAUAUAAAGUACACAGUUUAUCUAAAGCAGAAGAAAGAGCAUUGGUGUAAUUCAUUAGAAAAAAAUUGUACAUUCCCGGAAAAUUUUACUCUUAACCUCGAUCAUCAACUGAGCAUACGUGUUGUUGCACAGAAUUCCGAUAAGUAUUCAGCUUUCUCCAACAAUGUAAUCUACAGAAGCGGUUGGGAUAUAUUUCAAAUGGAUCAACCAGGCGAUGUUAUCGCUGAGGCUUUGUCGACCGGUCUCAGAGUCACGUGGGAAAUUGAAGAGAUUUUUCAUAUUCGUAAUGACCUGACAGAGUGUGAAAUACAGUUACAUGAAAAAGAUUCAUAUACUGAGGCUUUGGUGACAAGUGUGAAAAAUUGCGAAAUAAAUACUCUGGAAGUGACUGAGGUGAAACCCUGUACCAACUACUCUGUGUCCAUGCGCAAAAGGUUUCAUGGCGCAGUCUGGAGCAAAUGGAGCCAUGAAGUUACAGCACUGAGCUAUCUCAAUGUGAGUAGCUUACCUUUAUAUCUCUGGAGAUCCAAAAGUGUGCUGGAUGACGAGGGAAAAAGAACAGUACACGUUAUGUGGAAGGGAGUCCCACCAUCAUGUAAAGCCUUUGAUGAAUAUUGCAUCUUCUAUGACUUUCUUAGACUCAAGUGCUUUGGACCCUACCAAAAUCACACCUUUAUUGCUUUAGAUAAACAUCCUCACAGAAUUACUUUGGCCGUGUUUCGCAAUGACAUAAGACUCAGUGACACUUCCAUUGAGGUUCCUGCCUUGGCAGAAGAGAUAAACUUGCCUCCAGUCAGCAAUAUCAGCGUGUUUGUCCAGCAUGGAUGUAUCAGUAUCACCUGGGAGAAGCCCAGACUUCCUGUCAGUGGAUAUCUAAUAGUGUGGAACAGUACUGCUAAAAACCACAUGUGGCAGCAAACCCAAAAGACCAGUUUCACUCUGAAGGAUGAGCCUUUCACCCUCUACACCAUAUCAUUGAUCCCUCUCUAUGAAGAUGGUCCUGGAAAUGAAAUUACUCUUCAUAAUUGCAGCCCAGAAAGAAAACUCACAGCAGUGUCUAAUGUCCAAGUGACUGGGUUUAGUGAUAAGCAUGCAGAGAUCCGCUGGUUGCCUUUAUUACCAUCUCAGUGCUGUGCAUUUGUACUGAACUACACAGUGUUUUACCAAACAUACAAUGAGACAAAAUCCAGAAAUGUCACCGUGGGACCGUCUCAGCACUAUGUCAUUUUGGAGGACCUGCAACCCAGAACAACAUACAGCAUUUAUAUCAUGGCCAAUACAGUGGCUGCUUCUUCCAAGAGUGUGCCAAUCAUAUUCUCAACAAAAAACAGUAAAUAUUACCUUAUUGUAAUCACUAUCUGCUGUGUGGCACUGAUCCUGCUGUCCACGCUUGCUGUGAUGAUACAAAGAAAAGUCUUAAGUAAAAAGAUUCCAGACCCACGAUUCAGUUCUCUGUCCAUGUGGCCGUCAGACAAAUGCAGAAAUCCGUGGAGCUUACUCCCAGUGCCUGGGGGCGGGGACACAGAGAAGAUUCUGCCCUGUCAUGUAGACGGUGAGUUCAUCAGUGUCUCAAGCAAAACAGUCACGGCUGCACUGAAGACUUUGGCAGAUAUUCAGAACAUUGCAACACAUACAGAAACUCCUUCACAGUCACAAAUAACUCAGGAGUCUGGCAGUUUUUCUAAUAGACAGUUGACACGUUCUGGGAAAGAGCAAAGAGUUCUACCAUCACUGGAUUUUCAGACUUCAGGUGUUUCCCAUCAGGAAUUUCCACCUCCUAUUCAAUCACCUUACAGGAAGCAAACGCCGCUAAGCAGCCCAUUGGAGUCACCUAAUAAACCUCCAUGGUCAGAUGAGACAGAGACACUUCUGACACCAAAGCUCAAAAAUACAAAUUACUUUACUAGUUACGUAACAAUGGACAUGAUGGAACCUGGGAAACAUCAGCCAAGUGAGGUCUUUUUUUAACUACUAUUGGUUGUCAUUGCUACAACUCUCUAGGGCAUUCAAAACAAACCAUAACCAGAAAAACUUUGUUCACACUCGAUGAACUAUCUGCUAUUUGGUAAAUAUUUGGUAUUUUUAGAUCAGGUUUAAUUUCAAUACAAAUAUCCAACAAUGUAAGCAUAUUGUUACUAGACAAUAAAAUGCUUAGCUAGUGCUCAGCUUGAACUGUAACUUAUUAACGCCAUUUGAAACGUAUGUCACAUCAGACAAUGGCUGCAGUGUUGGCUUUCGAGGUUGGCUAUCUAAGUUAUCUAGAUAUUUAGCUGGGUAAUGUCAGCACAAUGCUACAUCCAAGUGCACCUAAUGCCUUACUGUUAAUGUCAUAAUGCAGUAAACAGCGAGUUAUUGUUUAGCUCAGCAGCAUUUCUAUAACAACCUAAAACACGUUUCUAGGCAAUAAGCAUUCAACAGUCAUCAAAGAUACUUACUGAUUCUGUUAAAAUUCUAUUCUAGCUAGUUGAAGCACAGAGAAUGAUGACUAGCUAGAUUAUUAGUACCGUUACCAUGCAAACAGUAUAUGAAGAUUACACGAAGAAAAAAGUAUUAGAGAUUGUGUCGAUUUGAUAAUCAGGAUCAUUAUACAAUGGGACAAAACAAGGAGCAUCAAAUAUCAGACAAAAAGUGAUCUGAAACAGAGCUGGGUUUGGAAAGACUGUAAAUGUUUACAUAUGUACAUUAACUUGAUAAUGUUUUUUUGUUCAGAUGGUUUGCAAGUUGUGUAUUUAGUUUAUAUAUUUAGUAAAAUAUUUUAGAAGUUCUUCAGUUAAAAAAAAUGUAAAAUAAUUUUUAGUUGCUUUUAAAGACAGAAAUAUAAGAUAGAGUAACUAUCACCUGACAUCGAUACCCAUCAGUCAACAUUAAUACCACAUGGUCAGGUUUGCAACUGGUAGACAUGAUUUAACAAAGACAACUUUACAGCUUGUUAAAAAUCACAGGUUUCAACAUGUGUUUUCAUAGUUGGGAAAAAUCCCUGGUCCUUAAGGUAUGCGUAAUGUUUAGCUGGAAGUUUAGAUGGCAUUAUCAUUACAAUCCAAUGAAAGAUUAUAGAGAAAAAACAGUGGAUGAAUUGACCAGGAACAUGUGGUUUUUAUUUUGUUUGUUGCCAACCCAAAGUACACUGGUAAGUUGGCCAAAUCAGGUGGUGGUUGCAGAUACCACAGAUAUCAGUAUAUAUUUAAUGUUUUCAAACCUGUACAGUGUACUAAAUGAAUUGUUUUUGUUGUGUCUUUUGCUUAUUAUCUAUACUACUCGACAUGCUAGUAGUAAGGCUGGGUUUGUGUUAUCCUCUCUGAAGCACUAAUAAACUCAAAAAGCAAGAAGAUUGA